AUGGCAACAAGUACAACAGUAUCUAAUAAUAUUUCAAAUUCCUCUUCGUCCAAUAAAACAUCACUUACAUCUUCAUCACUACCAACAACAUCCAUAAUGACAACAACAAUAAAUAAUGUCACAUCUCCACUAACUAUUGAGCGUGUGAUGAAAAACAUUCCAUGUCCACCAAAUACAAGUUUAAGUGCAUAUGAUGUAUUCGAUUCACGUGGAAAACCUCGUGUUGAAAUUCUUAAAACACAUUUUGUUGCUGAAGGUCGUGUUACUGAGGAUGUAGCUCUUAAGAUAAUUGAAGAUGGUGCAAAAUUAUUACGACAAGAAAAAACAAUGAUUGAUGUUGAAGCACCAAUAACUGUAUGUGGUGAUGUACAUGGACAAUAUUUUGAUUUAAUGAAAUUAUUUGAAGUUGGUGGUUCACCCGCUACAACUCGAUAUUUAUUUCUUGGUGAUUAUGUUGAUAGAGGUUAUUUUAGUAUUGAAUGUGUUCUUUAUUUAUGGUCAAUGAAAAUUCUUUAUCCUACAACAUUUUUUCUUCUACGUGGUAAUCAUGAAUGUCGUCAUUUAACUGAAUAUUUUACUUUUAAAACUGAAUGUAAAAUUAAAUAUACAGAAAGAGUCUAUAAUGCAUGUAUGGAAGCAUUUGAUUGUUUACCAUUAGCUGCACUUAUGAAUGGCCAAUUUUUAUGUGUACAUGGUGGUCUUUCACCAGAAAUUCAUACACUUGAAGAUAUUAAAAGACUUGAUCGUUUUAAAGAACCACCACCUUAUGGACCUAUGUGCGAUUUAUUAUGGUCUGAUCCUUUAGAGGAUUAUGGUCUCGAACGAACUACUGAACAGUAUAGUCACAAUACAGUACGAGGAUGUUCCUAUUUUUAUAGUUAUAUUGCGUGUUGUGAUUUUUUGCAAAAUAAUCAAUUAUUAUCAAUUAUUCGCGCUCAUGAAGCCCAGGAUGCUGGAUAUCGUAUGUAUAAAAAAUGUCAGAGUACAGGAUUUCCAAGUCUGAUUACAAUAUUUUCUGCUCCAAAUUAUCUUGAUGUGUAUAAUAAUAAGGCUGCAAUUCUUAAAUAUGAAAAUAAUGUCAUGAAUAUUCGUCAGUUUAACUGUUCACCUCAUCCUUAUUGGUUACCAAAUUUUAUGGAUGUAUUUACAUGGAGUUUACCAUUUGUUGGUGAAAAAGUUACGGAAAUGCUUGCUAAUGUUCUUAAUAUUUGUUCGGAUGAAGAAUUAGAAAAUGAUGGUACAUCUACUGAUGAAGUCGAUGUGAUGAGUGAAGCUGCAUUAGCUGCUCGUAAAGAAGUAAUACGUAAUAAAGUACGAGCUGUUGGUAAAAUGGUUCGUUAUUUUGCAACAUUGAGAGAGCAAAGCGAAGAUAUUUUAACAUUAAAAGGACUUACAUCAGGUGGAACAUUACCAUUAGGUACACUUGAAGGUGGAAAAACAGCGAUUGAACAAGCUAAACAAUUAAUUUCUCAUAAGAAACGUAUAUCAUUUGAAGACGCUAAACGUUUAGAUAAAGGUAAUGAAAGUAUGCCACCAUGGCAACAACUUCAUCCAUCAUCCUCCGGUCUUACAUCGGGCGUUGGUUCUAGUGGUACAGCAUCCCCAAAUAUUGGUUCAUCAUCACCACGUAUUGUUGGUACAUCAACAAUGUCCUCUUCUAUUUCAUCAACAUCAUCAUCACCUGUUAAUACAUUAGCUGAUGCAUCAUCAGGUGUAACAACAAAUUUAUUAAUCGAUUCAACAAAUACGAACUGUAAUGGAAGUGGUAAUAAUAAAACGUCUGGACGAACAGGAAAUGAUUCGUCGAAAAAUCCUUAUCGAACCAAGUGA